UAAAUUGGUUCGCCUGCAUAACAUCUUGCGAAAAAUAAAUAUUGUUAUUAAGUUAAGAGAGCGACUGAGCGACAGCACGUUACUUGGUAACCUUGUAAACCUUAACCGUGGCAUAAACAGUACUACACGCGGUUUUGUAUUUUGAAUACAAAUUUUCGGCAAUAAUGACGGCAAAGCAAAAGAAGUCAAAUAAUGAAAAGAAAGCCACGAGCGGAGCGGAUGAAGAUGUAUCUAAAAAACCAAAAGGAUGGCAAAAAGUUAAAAUCAAAGGCCACGUGAUUUCAGAUGACUUUGGUGGUUACGAGGGAAUGAUCGGCCUAGAGGUGUUGAAGGAGUACGAUGCAGGAAUGGUAAAAUCAACACAAAAAAAUAAACGAGGUGAUACGGUUAAACCAAGCAAAAGCAAAGGAAAAGAGAAACGUGGUAAAGGCCCAAAGGUAAAAGAACUGGAGAUAGAGUCAAGUGCUAGCGAGGAGGAUGAGGAGGACAGCGAAAGCGAUGACGACAGCGACAUUGAUGCAGCAGCUAAGAAGAGCAAGAGAGAACGCCUGGCAGAGCAUCGUGCACAGCGCAUACAGAAGCAGCGGGAGAAGCGGGAAAAGCGUAAAGAGCAGCGCAAGCAGGAGAAGGGAAAACCUAAAGCUGAGCAAUCAAAGUAUACGCCCAAUGAAGGCUACGCGCCAGAUCGCUUUGCCCUGUUGCGUCCACCGCCAGCGGAUGAUGAUGAUGCUGAGGAGCUCAUUGAGGCAGCGCCUGUCAGCUCCGAUGAUGAGGAAGUACCUCAGCUGGUGUCCAGCGAGCUAGACAUGCCGCAGUGGCAAGGACUAGGCGUACCCGCGCCCAUAAUGCGCGCUCUGUCAGAGCAAGGUUUCCAGACUCCAACGCAAAUUCAGGCGCUAACGCUGCCCGCCGCCAUACAUGGCAAAAAGGAUAUAUUAGGUGCAGCUGAGACGGGCAGUGGUAAGACGCUGGCAUUUGGCAUUCCCAUGCUGGCAGGCAUUAUGGAACUAAAGCAGCGCAAUACGGGCACGAGCAUACGCAAGGCGCCAAAGAUUAAGGGUGACCAAACGGAAGAGCCCGUCGUCAAGGAUAACCAUGAGUUGACGCCACCACCAGAGGAGCUGGACUAUGUGCCUGGCGCCAGCGAUGAGGAUAGCGACGAUGAGCAACAGGCUCAAACCAAGCGGAGUCCACUCUACGCUUUGGUAUUGACGCCUACGCGUGAGUUGGCCGUGCAGGUUAAGAAUCAUUUAGUCGCAGCAGCCAAAUACACGGGCAUACGUGUGGCUACCAUAUUUGGUGGCCUAGCCGUAGCCAAGCAGGAGCGCGUGUUGCGCCAAUGUCCGGAAAUUGUGGUAGCUACGCCGGGUCGUCUCUGGGAAUUGUACGCGCAAGGUAAUCCGCACUUGAACAAGCUCGAGCAUGUAAGUUUUCUGUGCAUUGACGAAACGGAUCGCAUGGUAGAGAAGGGACACUUUGAAGAGCUGCGCAGUCUGCUCAAAGUACUCAAUGCGGAUGAGCAGCGCAAGCAGCUGCGCCAAAACUUUGUCUUCUCCGCUACGCUGACGCUGGUGCAUGAUCUGCCCGAACAUAUGCAGAAGCGUAAUCUUGGUAAGCGUCCCAAAUUUGUUAAGCAAACGGUGGACCAGAAAAUGGAAAGUCUUAUCGAGGAGCUGGGCAUAUCGCAGCCCAAAAUUGUGGACAUAACCAGCAGUCAACAAACCGCUCAGACCCUAACCGAGUGCCGUCUGCUCUGUGCCAUUGAUCAGAAGGAUUACUAUUUGUACUACUUUGUGCAGCGUCAUCCUGGUCGCAGCAUUGUAUUUUGCAACUCUAUUGACUGCGUCAAACGUCUGGCCACAUUAUUUGGUUUGCUCAACUGCAAUCCUCUGCCGUUGCAUGCGAAUAUGAUACAAAAACAGCGUCUCAAGAAUCUAGAGCGUUUUCGUGAUUGCCCAACGGGUUUGCUUAUUGCCACAGAUGUUGCUGCCCGUGGCCUGGAUAUACCCAAUGUGGAGCAUGUUAUACACUAUCAAGUGCCACGCACUAGUGAGAAUUAUGUACAUCGUUCGGGACGAACAGCGCGUGCUAAUAAACAUGGCAUUACCGUCAUGUUUAUGGAGCCAGGCGAGGUCAAGAGCUACGUCAAGCUGUACAAGACGCUAGAGCGAACUGAGGAUCUGCCACUGUUUCCCAUCUCGGAGCGUUUUCUAGGCGCUGUUAAGGAGCGUGUUAACUUGGCUCGCGAUUUGGAUAAAGAGGAACUGAAGCUUAGACGUACGCAAAGCGAGGAGGGCUGGAUGAAAAAACAUGCUGAGGAAAUGGACAUGAUUAUCGAUGGCUACAAUGAUGAGUCUGGCAGUGACCAGGACGAGGAUGCUUUUGUUAUUGAGCGCCGACGCAAUAGACUGCAUGUGGAGACAGUACGCGCUCAGCUUACCGCUUUGCUGGGUCAACCCAUAUUCCCUAAAGGCUUUAGCUUUAAAUAUCCAACCAGCACGGGUCAGCUAUUAUCAGGCUCUGAUAUGUCCACCAGCAAUGGCAAGAGCGCUGUGGAUACCAUGAAAGAUGCCAUUGCGGAGCAGAAACUGGAAAAGCAGCAGCGAAAUAAACGCAAACGCAAAGCCUAAAUUUUAUAAUUAACUUAUUUUAAUUAAACUACAA